UCGGAGUAUGAAGAGGUCGAGGUCAGGCGAGUGCCUGAGGCAGGCAGGGCUGUAAGGACAAAUCCUGGCAGAGCAGCAGCUGCUGGUGAGAAUUGUGUGCAGGAAUGGAAAAAUUAAGCAGAUUUCUGUAACUGCCAAGCCUGAUUGUUAACUCCCCUGUGAGCACAAGGCACAGCGAGAGCCUGGGGCUCUGCUCGGAGGGAUUUGUGUUACUCGCACCUAAACCACAGGUCACAUGGGGGCCCUUCCGCUCUCGCACUUCGGGGUGGUGGCAGCCCCGGCCGUGGCACAGCGCUCGCCCUGAGCCCCGAGCCCCGAGCCCCGGGCCCCCGGCCAUGGCACAGCGCUCGCCCUGAGCCCCGAGCCCCUGCCCAUGGCCCUGCGGCGGCUCCUGCAGCACAACCUGAGCGCCGGCCCCGCGGGCGGGGAGCAGGCGCUGCCCAUGGACGGCAGGAGGAUGCAGCACUUGGCCAGCACGGUGGCGACGCUGCCCCGCGGGCGCAAACAGCUUGCCUUAGCCAGAUCCAGCUCCUUGGGCGACUCCUCCAAGCCUCAAAGGCACCUCGUUGCUAUAUUGAAAGAAGAUAAAGAGACGUUUGGGUUUGAAAUCCAGACUAUUAGGUUUCCACACCAAAAUGAUUUCUCCCUGGAGGUGUGCACUUGCGUCUGCAGAAUCCAAGAGGAAAGCCCUGCCCAUCUCUCUGGCCUUCAGACUGGUGACAUCCUCACCAGCAUCAACGGCGUGAACACCGAGGGGUUUGGUCACAAGCAAAUAGUGGACUUGAUAAAGUCUUCAGGGAACUAUCUGAGGUUAGAGACCGUCAAUGGGGCCUUGUUCGUGAGGAAAAUGGAGCUGGAGGCCAAACUGCAGGCACUCAAGGCGCUGCACCAGCGAUGGGGGGAGCUGCGGGCGCUGCUGGCGCGGGAGCGGCUCUUGCUGCACGGGGAGGUGAACGACAACACUCAGCUGGGCACGCUGGAGCUGGAAGAGCCCAGCUCGUGUGGUGGCUGCAGCUCACCAGCACCCUUCUUCCCAAGCGAGCCCCGCUUCUCCAGCGAGAGCAGCUCCCGCAGCCGGCUGAGCUCCAUGACGGUGGGCAGCGAGGACAGCUUCUACCAGGGCAGCGCCUUCGAGGACUCGGCUGCAGAGAGCCUGAGCCGCCAGUCCAGCAUGGAUGAUGAUUGUGUCUUCCCCAGGGAUGGGGAUGGAGCUGCUGGGAGGAGCUCGCUGCGCAGGAACCGCAGCAUCAGCCUGGCCAGCAGCGGGUCCAUGUCCCCGCUCUGGGAGAGCUGCAGCUACUCCAGCAGUUUUGGGACCCUCCCACGGAAAAGCAGGAGAGCCAGUGUUCGAAAGCAUCUUUUGAAAUUCAUUCCAGGCUUUCACCGGGCAGUGGAAGAGGAAGAAAGUCGGGUCUGAUGUCACACGUGAGCCCUUCGAUGCGUGGGCUCCGCAUGUGGGGCUGGGGCUGCCGCUGGCUGGGGCACACCGUGGGUGCAGCGCGGUGGCACGGCAGGGCACGCCCCCAGACAACAGCACUGAUGGGAUUCACACAGCUCUGGCGUUUUAAUUAUUUUCAUUUUUAAUCAGAGCACGCUGCGGACCUCUUCAUUAAUGUGAAAAAUGAGUGACUCCAAAAUGUGAAGAACCUUUGCAGAACUUCCUCAGCGAACUUUACUGUUAAUAACAGUUUUUAAUUGAAUGCGAAAUUGAUAGCUAUUUAUUUCCUGUUACCGGAGUCAGUGUCUUCCAAAGGUCUUUAAUAAAAUGAGUGCUUCUACUAAAA